GUUAAAUGCCGGUAGAUCCGAGUCAGUUGUUUUGCGCAUGUUCAAAGCUUCGGCACCGAAAUUUACUUGGGUGUCCGUGUCCCAGUGGCGAACGAUAUCAUUCGGAAAUUCCACCGUACGGGAUUUGUCGGUCGAUUUUAGCGUCGUGCGAACGUUGCGUCCCGUUGUGGAAAAUCGAAUCGCUUGACAGUGACGCGUGGCAGCUGAUCUUCCUCGCACGAUUCGAUAGAUUUAACGUGUCCCGAAACGGUUUCGUUUUGUCUACGAAUAAUUAUAACGGCGAUGCACAUUAAAACCGAACAGCUUAUAAGUUUAGUAGAAACCCAUCCAGCCGUAUGGGAUAAGACUUUGAACGUAUACAGAAGUAAAAAUGCGAAAUUGGCGGCAUGGCGAGAUAUCUGCACCCAACUCUUUGAUGAUUUCGACGAAAUGUCUCAUGUAGAACGUCAAAACUGUGAGAAGCAGGUUGUAAAGAAAUGGACAUAUAUUCGGGAUGCCUGGACAAAAGCGUUAAAAAAAUACGGCCAGCCCUCUCGCACCUCCACUAAACCUACCAGGUUAUACAUUCACCAUAAGCAGAUGUCGUUCCUAAAAAAAGUCACCAACUUCACACAGGGUAGUCACAGAAAUUUCUACAGCGAUGACGACGAAACUGUGGAAGAAAACGGGUUUGAUUUAGAACCAAACAGUGAAGAUGAGUCGUAUAAUGAAAGCGAGAAAGAUAUAAAACCAUUUAAUUUUGAGCUCGCUAAUUAUGUCCCAAGGAAUCGGUCAACGAGCAACGGUGACGAAAAGAUCGCGACAUUCAUAGAUUGUCAAACAAAUUUCGGUAACAAGUCCGAUGAAGAUCUUAACAGAUAUAUGUUGUUUUUUAAAAGCCUUCUGCCGUCAUUGUCAUUGCUUGAUGACGAUGAUUGUCUAGAGUUUCAGGGUAGUGUAAUAAGAUUGUUGCAGCAGAUAAAGUCCAAAAAGAAAAAGACAACUGGCCGGUAACCAUGAUAUGACUAGACAGCUCACUAUAAUUACAUUGCGCUAGUGUGCAAGCUGGAGCGACUCCAUUCAUUGUAUUUGAAAUAAAUAUUAUAAUGCUGAGUGCAUUACUAUUAACGCACCCUUUAUCGUACCCAUACGUGUUUAUCUUUGAUCUCUUCCUUGUUAUCAAUUGAAUUUUUAGUUAAUUGUUCUAUGUAAUAUUAAGGAAUGCACUUCUAUACCCCGGUGAUAACAUAUCGUGGUCUAAAAUUUAGUUUAUUUUUUUUACCGAAAUAUGAUAUCUAUCUCUAACGAAAGAGAUAGCUGAAAUUUUGGUUUGCAGCCUUUUAAUAUUAAUUAAUAUUAAUGAUUUCGACCUGUCACUAAAAUACUGUAGUGUUUAAUAGAUACCAGUUUUAUGCUUAAAUUGAGAGUUAUUGCAGUUCGGAUAGAUACAAAUUAAAAACGUGAACGUUUAA